CCUGCACCUCCUUCUCUCCUUCGUCUCUCCGUCUGUCUCUUGCUCAGCAGCUCCUCCUUCUCCUUCUCCUCCUCACGGAGAUUCGGAGCUCCGCAGGCCGCAGCGGAGGAGAGCUGCCCGGCUGCCCAGCUACUGCCGCACUGCGCUCCGCAUGGAGGAGGUCAGACUGGUGGAGGAGGUGUUGAGAUACAGAGGAGGAGCGAUGAUGGAUGGAGACUCUGCCCCCGUCAAAGAUGGCCCGGCCCAGGAGGAGCAAAGCAUGAUGGGAGACCUGGAAUCUGUCAGGUUUCUGGAGAAACUCCCAAAUGGAAGUGCAGAACAGCAGGAGAAGGAAGGAGAAGAGAGGAGGGAGAACCAACAGGCAGAGGAGGAGAGGACACACUGCUCUUUUGUGCCUCCUUCAGGAGAUCCAAGAGGAGCUGGUCUGGAGGAAAAUACUAGCAGAUAUGAACAGGUAGAAGAGGUGAAGAAAGAAGAGAGAGAAAUUGUCCACACAGAGGAUGAGGAGGUCAAGGAGGAGGACAACAUAGAAGAACAGGGUGGGAUGAUAAGAAAGGAGAGUCUCUGGUCCUCCCCUGCAUCUCCUCCAGGUGAAGCAGGAUUUCAUGAUGAUGACAAGACAAAGGAGGAGCAGCUGGAAGGUGAGGUGAUGGUGUCAGCAGAGGAGAUCCAAGAGGACUCUGCAGAGCUCCCUGAUCAUAAAACAAGAACAUCCUUCUAUGGAGAACCUCCUACAGAGGAGAACCAGCCAGCUUAUCCUUCCAAGGAGAACCAGGAAGAGUCCACAGAGUUCUUUAAUCAUAAACCAAGCACCGCAUUUGAUCCAGAACAUCUUCCAGAGAACAACCUAAUUGCUUCUACAGAGGACCAUCCAGCUCCUCCUGCACCUGCUUCCUCAGCUGACCUGCAGCUCCCUGCCAACAAAACAAAUGCUCCUCCUCCACCUGCAGCACUUCCCUCUAAAACCAGAGCGCCCCCUGCAGGUGCUGCUCAGAGACGCAAUACAAACUCUUCCUCUUCUCCUCUCAGAAGAUCAGGCGCCCCUCCUCCCCUCAACAAAGGUAAUGCAGCUGUGAAGGAGACAGCUGAUGAAGUCGUGAAGGCCUCCAGGACAGCAGGGGGCAGGAGAGCCGCAAAGAUGAUCUCAGCCAAGAGUACAGAGUCCAUGGAUGGUGUCAACAGUCCAGGAAGUCGUUCACCUUCCAGCAGAUCGUCCACCCCCAACAGAGAUGUGAAAAAGGUGGCUGUGGUCCGGACCCCCCCUAGGUCUCCUGGUUCUGCACGUGGCUGGACACCUCCCCCUACCUCCCACCCGAUGCCUGACCUCAGCAGCGUGAAGUCCAAAGUGGGAUCCACUGAGAAUCUGAAGCACGCACCUGGGGGGGGCAAGGUUCACAUCGUCAACAAGAAGCUGGAUCUGAGUAACGUAACAUCAAAGUGUGGUUCUAAGGGUAACCUGCACCACAAGCCAGGUGGAGGGAAGGUGGAGAUCAAGUCUGACAAGGUGGACUUCAAAGCUGUUCAGUCCAAAGUCGGUUCUCUGGAAAAGGUCACCCAUGUUCCAGGAGGAGGGAAGAAGAAGAUUGAGAGCCAUAAGCUGAUGUUCAGAGAGAACGCCAAAGCUCGUACUGACCACGGUGCUGAAAUCGUUCUUCAGGAUAACUCCUCCCCUCGUCGCCUUAGCAACACUUCCUCCCAUGGAAGCCUUAACGCUUCUGAAGCUACUCCCCUCGAUAACCUGGCUGACCAGGUGUCUGCAUCCCUCGCCAAACAGGGCCUGUGAUUGGACGAGCUCUGUGCCUGCAAACCCCAUCCUCUUUGUUACCAAGGAAACCAACAGGCUGCAGAAGGAAAAUAUUUCUACCUUGUUCUUCAUCUCAUAAAAAUACGAUGUGAUUGGAGAGAUUUUAUGAUUCAGAGUUAACAGCAGCUAGUUGAGUCUUGUGCAGGUGACCGAGGACACGAACCAGUCAGCAGGUGGACUCGGGUUUCUUCAGAGUCUGGCUCUUUGAGAGGAGCUUAUACCAACCAUGAAGGAACAUGGUUUCCUUACCUGUUCAGGUGGCCUCUGUUCCCUCCAGGUAUUCUGCAUCUAUAUUCAUCUACCCCAGAACUGGAAACAUCUUCAUCUGGUUUAUUCACCUGUUCAGGUGUUCACUAGUGCCUCAAGUGUCACCCAGGGUGAAGUGUUCAUUUGAAGCUUGAGCAUCAUGAUGCAGACCCCAGGUGACCAGUAGAGGCACUUAGUGUUUGGAUAAGAUGAACAAGUAGACCUUAAGAGGUGAGACAGAGUAGAUAAAGAAAGGAAUUAUUCCUGAUUUUAGGACAAAUCCAUGAAAAAUUAGACACAUUUGGAUUUUAAAUCAGUUUGAACGCAGAUAUUAGGAAAACCAGGAAAUGGGUCUGUACCAAAGCAUGAGAUCAGCUGCUCCAGAUUCCUCAUAGAUUGGACCCACACAGAUCCUAGGUUCUGACCUUUAAAGAUCCAGAAAUGGUUCAACGUGUAGUCAAGACUACAUAUUAGCUGCUCCAAAAAAAAAAUCAGUGGAGACCAUAUUCCCCUGGAAUUCUGGAGGUCCAAAGGAUCCUCCCCAAUCAUGUGACUCUGAAGGAAACUGAUAAAAUCUCUCCAAUCAGUCUCUCACUGAUGUCAUCUCUUAGCCAAUUACCAUCAGUUCUGAAUGUGACCGUGCUGUUGGCCCUCCCUCCCCAUUCAAAUUACCCAGAAUGCUGUCUGAUACCAGAUGCCAAACCGCUGCUCUGUCUGUGCCUGUCAGAUGUCAAAGUGCUUUGAACAAUAAAGUUUCUCUUGGCUCAGA